GGGGCAACGACCAAUUUCUGUCAUACCAAGAUUCAUUGAAAGAUUUCCGUACAAUGAUGCAUUUGAUAGAGUCAAAGAUGACAAAGAAGAUGCUGAUGUUACUCUCGAAGAUGUUUUAAAGGUGGACUGGAAUUGGCCAUGCUUCGAUGAAUGGUUCGAUCAAAUUGGAAAGAAAUUGCGCAAAGCAAAGAUUGAAAGCGCCCAGAAAAGCAAAAUCGUUCCUUUUAAGGUAGUUUACUUUCAGAAUGCCAAAGAUUUUUACACCACAUUUGUCGAGUUGAGUUCCUAUUCAUUGAUCAAGACCUUAAGAGGUAUUCUUAUUGACGACAAAGAAAUUCUCAAUGAUGCGCCCAGAAUUGAAUCACGCGAUUUGUAUCACGUUUUGGAAAAGUUACAUGAUUAUGCCUCUAGAUCUUUAUCUGAAACCGUAACGGAAGAUGCGCAUAACCUGGAGGUUGAAAAGGUUCAUUUGAAUCACUUGAUUCGAUUCAUUGAACAGGAAUACAAUCAGACGACCAAAACUCGUGAAAGGAUGCUCAAGCAACGUGUAGUUUCAUAUGACAUGUUAUGGGUAUUUUACACCCCAAAUUCGGACGUAUGGUAUCGAUGUGAUAUGUCUGGUCAGCAAAUCGGUGGUGUCAUUUCCUCGACACAUGAAAAACUCGAAUUUGUUAAUAAUGAAUUUAAAAAGGUGUUUAAUAUAAACAUUAAGAUUAUCGACUGUGACGGAAAUGGAUUUAAACGUUGCUUUGUAACGCGCAAGAUCGAAUGCUUCAAGGGUGAAAUUGGCUUCUCUGAUUUACCCGUCGUUCCAUUCAAGUUUUCUAAACAAAGCACAUUCCUCGAGGACACUAUUAUUGAAAAUGGGAAACGGUUUUUCGAACUUGCAUUAGGAAGCCAUUUUAUGAAUUAUGAGGGCCCGUUAUUACGAUGGCGAAGGGUAAACAAUUGCAUGAAGUUGGAGAAGAUUAGAGUCAAUGGUCGUGUCAUGAUUGAUCUACAAAGUUUUUCAAUCAUGAAUCCCGAAUAUUCAAUGGGGAAUGCUUUACCACCAAACAAAUGUGAUAUUGUAUUGUUGGGAGAAAAUGGUGUUUAUCUUAAUGAAGAUGAAAUUCAACAGAAAGCUAGUCACCUUCUCGCACCUUCGUUAGUGUACGGGUUCAGCUUUGCGUUAAAAGAAUGGGGUCAAUUCGAGGUCUUGAAAUUCUCGGAGAUUAGUUUUGACACGGAAGCUUUCAGUCAUCUGGUGAUGCCCGAUGAUAGAAAAGAAAUCCUUGAAGGGUUAGUGAGACAGUAUGUUGUACCCACACAGAUGCCCAAUGGAGACGCAAUGACCUCAUUCACGAAACCACUCGAUCCUAUUACUAACAAAGGCAAUGGUUGCAUCUUUCUAUGCUAUGGGCCACCUGGAACUGGAAAAACAUUAACAGCUGAAAGUGUGGCCGAAUUUCUCAAAAGGCCAUUAUGGAUGCUUAACGUACACGAACUUGGGAUGGAACCAGCUGAACUGGAUCAGCGAUUGGUCAAACUUCUAGAUGUAGCAUAUACGUGGAAGGCAGUCCUCCUACUUGAUGAAGCUGAUAUUUACCUUGAAAAACGUAAUGCAGCUGAUAUAAUACGUAACGCAAUGGUUGGUGUAUUCUUACGUCGUUUGGAAUACUAUCAAGGCAUUCUCUUCCUGACGACAAAUCGCGUCAUCACUUUUGACGAUGCGAUCUGCUCACGAAUUAAUAUGUUCUUCCAUUACCCUAAUUUCAAUUCGGAAGAAAGACACAAGGUUUGGACAAAUUUUAUCAGGAAUGGCAAGCUUCCCCUUUGUGCAGAUGACUUUGUUAAAUAUGAUUUGAACGGUCGUGAGAUCCGUAAUGUCCUUCAAACCGCGCAAACGCUGGCCAAGAGCCAAGGAUGUAACUUCACCGCAUAUCAUGUUGUCAAAGUAAUAAAGACUGUUCAAGGAUUCCAAAAAGAAAUGAAUGACAUCCGAAGUAAUGGUGGUGAAUAA